UGAAAUCUUUAAAUGAAAUAUAAUAGGAAUAAUUUUAAGGAAAAUAUACGGAUCUAAAUCAAUGUUCCAAUGUUGUACUUGUUUAUAGUCUAAAGUGAGGACAUCUGCAAUACUCUAGUGUCGGAAUAGGGGGUCAAUUACGACGAUUCUUCGACAAUACAACCAAAAACAAAUUACCACUGUCGUCAUGGAAAUGUCACGGUCGUUGGUGACAGGGUUCGGUAUCCCGGGAUCAGACACCCUCCAAAUUACAGGAGAAUCUCCGCGAGGUAAGCUACCUCAAUACCGUUCAACUGACGAGAAAACAGCCAUGCUAACACGGCCGACUACGAACAAAGGUAUCCGCUACCAUGCCCUUGACUGCUCGAAUACAAGCCUAGAUAAAAUCAUUGAUGUACCAAAGGAAAGGAAGCUUAAAUCACGCCGUUCUAAGAGGGACACAGCAGUGGACCUAACCGUAGAUGGAGAAAGAUAUAAAUGGCCAACGAAACUGAACCUUAAAGAAGUCGAUCCAAUGGCUCAGGAUCUUGACGUUGAUGAGGACGCCUAUCUCCGAGAUUUCCUGUUUGCCGUGGAAACACGAGACUUGGAGAGAAUACAAUUUCUCAUGCCCAGUAUAAAGGCAAAUCAGGAUAAGAUCCUGCGGGAGACUACGGGAGCGGGGGGUUACUACGAAUUGGCGAUGGGGAACUCCGACAACAUUGAGUUUGUUCUCUCAGAGGGUUUACUCCGUGCGGCGCACUAUGGCUCCGUUCCCAUUGUAGAGUUCCUCAUAGAAAGCGGAGCAAAUGUCAAUGCUAAAAAUUCAGAGGGACUGUCUCCAUUGAUGCGUGCCUGUGAGAAGGGACAUCUUGACGUUGCUCAAACGUUAAUGGACGCUGGGGCGAAUGUCAACCAGACGAGUAACGUUGGUUUCACUGCCCUACAUUACGUAUCUAGGAUCCCCGAGCGAUGGCAAUCUGUGGAGUUCCUCCUUCGAUGUAGGGGCGUCGAGAACAGCAAUGACAAGCACAAGUUUGGUCUUACUCCCCUGCACUGUGCCUCUGAGAGAGAUGUUAUUGGAAAAUCUGUAUUCCUGCUUUUGAAGAUCGGUGGAAAGGACGGAGCCCGACAGAAUGCAGUUGACAAGUAUGGCAGGACACCUCUACAUAUUGCAGUUGAACGACAACUUCACCAUAACGUACAGUGUCUCAUUGAGUUCGGAGCACAUGUCAACAUACAAGAUGCGGUGGCUGGCUCUACUCCAUUACAUGAAGCUGCAAAACAUGGUAAUGCUAAAAUUGCAUCUUUACUUAUAGCCAACGGGGCAGAUGUGACAAUUGUAGAUAAGCAUGGUCAAACUGCCAAAGAUAUUGCUCUGCAACAUGGUGCACUAGAAGAACGCAAGAGACAUCUAUAUGAAGAUUUGAUUGACCUCAUUGAUGUUCACUCCACAGACAUGCGCCUCCAAGAGCAAGAACGGUUACGGGAAGUAUUUUAUGCUGCUUGCAAAAUUAUUCCUGAUGAUGGAUGGGAUGCCCUUGCUGAAGAUCUAUUUAACAAAAAAGAUGUCGCUGACUCUACUGUCUAUAAUGUACAAAGCCAGCAUCCCCACCCAGAGGGUCUCCCAUCACUUUCGUAUCACACUCUGUGUGCCUGGAUUGAGGAAUGUCCUCUGAUAGCGACGUUUUGGGUGCUCAUUAGAUCUCUAAGAGAUACCAACUUAAAUGACGUAGCAGAUGAGCUUGUAUCUUCUUUUGCAUGAAUCUUCUUGAGCCAGGGAAGAAUUUUGAAAAUUUAUGAGAUGUAUGUGGUAAAUCAAUGGAACAACAGCGCAAUUAUAAGAUUAUGAGCUGGAACACAUUGGCACAGGAAGUCCACGAGGCAAUAAAUGAAGAGUUAUAGACAAACAUGAUAGAGUCUGCCAUUUGUAAAGACGUUAACGGAUGUUUCGUCUUUCCCAUAAGACGCUGUUUAUCAGAAAAAUAUCAGUUGCCUUGUUUAAUCUGGCUCUGUAGUUAAUCUAGUUGACAUCGAAAUGGAUUGUUUAUUUAACACCAUUUUUGAAAUGUGGACUGAAGUUACGGUCAUGGAUAGGGCAAUAGGAUUUACCAACGCUUUGAACAGGUUUAAAUAUCUUUCAAAUGUGUAAUAAAGUGUAUAUAAAUGAUGCAAUCUACAAUAAAA